AACGUUGGUCAGUUAGGAACUUCAUUUGGCAACAUGCUGCUCCUACAGUUGGUCAGCCUUGCGUUGGUGGCUCUGGCUAGUCAGGCAAUCAGCCUCGAGUUGAAGAAAGAUGUGCCCGUAUUCGUUAAGACUUUGAAAGAUAUGCAACGCGGUCCACCCUUGAAGAUGGUUAAACGAGAAUUGAAGGGGGAAGAAAAAUGGAUUACACAACCACUUGAUCAGUUCGAUGAAACCAAUAAGGAAACCUACGAAAUGCGUUAUUUUAUCAAUGAUGAAUUCCAAACGGAAGGCAGCCCAAUAUUCAUAUUUUUGGGCGGCGAAUGGCAGGCCUCUCUGGAUAUGAUAAACGAUGGUUAUUGGUAUGACUUGGCCAAGGAGCACAAAGGUGUCCUCAUCUAUACUGAGCAUCGUUACUACGGUGCAAGUAUACCCACUAAGACAAUGUCGCUGGAGGACUUGAAGUAUUUGCAUGUCAAGCAGGCGCUCGCCGAUGUGGCCAAUUUUAUUAAAACCUUCAAGUCGGAGAAUGCACAGCUAAGCAAUUCGAAGGUCGUGCUGUCCGGCUGCUCCUACUCAGCCACAAUGGCAGUUUGGUUCAAGCGGCUCUAUCCCGAUUUGGUGGUUGGUGCCUGGGCUUCCAGUGCGCCGCUAUUCGCCAAACUUGACUUCUACGAGUACAAGGAGGUAGUCGGAAAAGCGUUUCGUGAGCUGGGAGGAGAGAAAUGCUACAAUCGUAUAGAGAAGGGCAUAGCCGAACUGGAGUCCAUGUUUAAGAACAAGCGCGCGGCUGAAGCACGUGCCAUGCUGCGUAUUUGCAGCAAUUUUGAUCAUGAAAACGAUCUGGAUUUGUGGAGCUUGUUCGGCAGCAUUUCCAAUGUUUUCUCUGGCUUAGCCCAGUAUCAAGGAGCGGGAGACCUUGAGUAUUAUUGCGAUUUUAUCAUGAGCUUUAACGAUGAUGCCACAGCCAUUGCCAAUUUCGUUUAUUGGGCGUGGAAUUCUCCAACCUGCGUUGAUCCACGCUACCAAGAAACCGUUAACUAUUAUCUGGACGGAAUUUCCAAAUUUGACGGUUCUCGAGCCUGGUAUUAUCAGACCUGUAACGAGUACGGUUGGUAUCAGUCGUCGCGUUCUUCUAAUCAGCCGUUUGGCAGCAGUUUUCCCGCUACUCUCUACGUUGAAUUGUGCAAAGAUAUCUUUAGCAACAAGUUCGGAAACGACCAGAUUGAAAAAAAUGCUGCCCAGACCAAUGAGGAUUUUGGCGGCUUGGAACCAAACGUUGAGAACGUCUAUAUGACACACGGAGGUCUGGAUCCAUGGAGUGCCAUUGGUCAUGGCGUGGCAGAGGGCGCUACGGUUAUUUCCAAGAUGUCGCACUGUCCUGACCUAACUUCAAUCCGCUCCACCGAUAGCGCCGAACUGCUCGCUUCCAAAAAUCGUAUUGCUGAACUAUUGCGUCAAUGGCUAGCAUAACUUUAAGUACUACCA